AUGCCUCGACCCAAAGUACCUGCCGUCUCGAGGCAAACAAUACGGAGCGCCUUCGAGGACCUUGAGAAUGUAAUCACACCACAGGACUCCAGAGACUACCAUGACUAUUCUCUAGAGCGCGUUCGAAAAGAGGCACUUAACAUCGAGAAUCAGCUCGCUUCUCGUGGAUGGCUCCGCAACAUGCGGCGUUUAAAACCUCUUUUCACUGGACUCGAGCAUUAUUCCAAGGUUGUUGAUACGCUCUGCAAUGGGACACCAUACUUGCCGUGGAUCUGGGCUCCUAUCACUCUGAUCUUGAGGAUUGCGUCUGAACACAUUGAGUCGUUCGACUCCCUGAUCGGAGCAUACGGCCGAAUCGGGAGCUCCUUGCAACGAUUUGAGGUCCUCCGCAAGUCGUUCCUUGGGGACCCGAGGUUCCAUGAAGCAACGGCCGCAUUUUAUGCGGAUAUCCUCGAAUUUCAUAAGCACGCUUACAAAUUUGUGCGGCGUAGUGGUUGGAAGUUGCUUUUCGCCACCUCGUGGGGAAGAUUCCAAAGACGCUUCAACCAUAUACUAGAAGACAUGAAAAAUCAUGAAGACCUGAUUGAUCGAUUGGUCAACGCAAUAGACAUUUCGGAGGCACGACAGAUGCGUCAAGAUCUGCUCUCAUGGAGAGAGCAGAAGCUCCAAGAGAUGAGCGAUGAAGAUGAAAAACAAUCGGCCCAAGAGUUUCGAGCCAUCCAAUCGUGGUUACGGAUGAACGAAUGCGAUCAACUAGCCAUCUUUGAAUCCACGGCCGGCCAAGGCAAUAGGUACCCAGGGACAUGUCAAUGGAUCCUGAACAACACCAAAAUUAAUUCUUGGUUGCAAGAAUCACCCCAAACGCCUAUCCUCUGGCUGUCAGGAAUAGCAGGCUCUGGGAAGAGUGUGAUUUCGUCGCAGCUGGUCAACUUUAUAACGUCGCGUAACGGUAUUGUACUUCAUCAUUUCUGCACAAAUGCGUCUGUUAUGUCUUCCGAGUAUGACCAAGUCCUCAAGUCUCUCCUCGAACAACUACUACGCCACGACGGGGACUUAACAACCAACGUCUACCACGAGUAUGUUCUUAAGAAGCAAGUGGCAGCCGUUGCGAUCUUGGAGCAGUUACUACAGACCCUCUUGAACACCUCUGCCGAAGACCCGCGUCAACGUGGCUACAUUUGGAUUGUCGUGGACGGUGUGGAUGAGCUUCGCGAUCAUUCUCCAAAUUCACAAGCUCGGUUGCUGAAUUUCAUCAAGCAGAUUGUCUCGAAGACUAACGCUUCGGAAAAUGCGACCUGCAAAGCAUUGAUCUCCGCUCGUCCAUCUACUACCAUAUCCCAUGUGCUCCGGCAGAAACCGACAGUCUCCCUCACGGAGGAGAAGAAAAGCCUAGCUUUGGCAAUUCAAGAGUAUGCUUUACAGAGACUAGGCUCUUUGGGCAACCGAUUUGAGCAACUGGGGUUGAGCGCUCUUGAGAUAGAGAGUUUUGGCCAACAGAUAUCACAUAAAUCAGACGGAAUGUUCCUGUACGCCCGGCUGGUCCUGGAUUUCAUUAGUAGCAAUAUCUUCGUCCGCGGAGACGAGUUGAGGAAUGCGGUUAACCAGUUACCCCGGGAGCUUUCUUCUUUAGAACACGUCCGAAAGGAACACGACACAGCCACACCACCCAAGCCACUCCGCCGGGUCAAGUCGACAAUCAACAGGGGAGAGCGCCGUCAGGCACCUAUGGCACCUAUUUUUGACGCUCCAGUCACGGCGAAUGGAGGUUCCGUGCCUUAUCCAUCCUCAGCUGAAGACCAGAACGGCGCUCCUCUUCAAUACUACCAGGUCCAGAGAAUGUUUGGGGAGCAAGAAGACAAAAGCGCUAUUACGGCGAAGGAAGAGCAGGAUGAGUGGUCAAAGAGUGUACCUGAGAACAGAAGCCAAGUGCAGAUGGACAAAGCAGCUGCCCGAAUGCAAGCACAAAAAGAGCGCUUGUCGGCAGUUCAGCAGCGAGAGAGACAAAUGUUGGCGCAGGGGAUGUACGGUACGAACGUGCCAGGAGGAAACCAGACGAUGAACAACAUGCAAAUCGAUCCUACGCAUACGGCACAGUCCAAAACGAUGAAGCAGGAGCCAGCUCUGGGGCAUCUGCCCAAGUACGACCCUGAGCAGAAGCAGUUGACCGAUGCGGACAAGCAGAGGAUACAGGCGCUGGCUCAGAUCCUGAUGCAGGAGGCAAGUGAUGCCCAGAAACAACAGAUGAUGCAGAAUCUUCGGCUGCCCCCUCAGAGACUUGCACAAAUGCGAGCGGAAGGCAAGAAUCCUCUGGCAAUGUUGUUCCAACAAGAGGCGACUAAAAGCUUCAGUGGUAUGACCGGCGGAACUGCACUGGAAAGCCUAGAUAAAGGGGCAUCUUUGUCCACGGGGCUGAAGAGCGGCGUUGUUAGAAUGAUUUACUUUGGCACCUUCCUGGUUCCUGAGGGGUUUCGAACCUCACCUAGAGGGACUCGGGAUAACAUGGUGCCUGAGAUGAAGACAGACCUUGAGACUGGAGUCAUUAUCGUCGCCGCCGAGUAUGCAAAGGAGGUGUUCUAUCAGGAUGUCGACUACAAAUCUGUUGCCGGGCUUUUGCUCUCUGAAUAA